AUGCCUGCCGAAACUGCAGUGGAUCUUUUGAAGAACAGACUUUCAGAAUUUGAAUUGUCUCUUGACGAUGAUGUAGUCAACAUUACAACAGAUGGGGCUAAGGUAAUGAUCAAAUUAGGACGUUUGAUUAAUCCUCUACAUCAGCUCUGCUAUGCCCACGGCAUUAAGUUGUCUAUCAUAGACGUUCUGUACAAAAAACAAGAUUUAUCUUUGUCUGAGGAUAAUGACAUUGAUGAGAUAUUUGACGUAUCAGGAGAAGAAACCGAAAUAAACUCCGAUGACGAAGAUGACGUUUUUAACUCUUUUUUUCCAACAAGAGAGGUAUAUCUGGAUACAGAGUACGCGAGUAUCAAAGAAAAGGUCAGAAAACUGGUCAGGCUUUUUAAGAAAUUGCCAACAAAAAAUGAUCUCCUCCAAGUUUACAUUAACCAAAAAUUUGGCAAAAACUUACAGCUACAAUUAGAUUGCAAAACACGCUGGUCAAACCUUGCUGAUAUGAUAUCGACAUUUAAUAAAGUUAAACUGUGUGUCGGCAAAGCAUUGAUCGAUUUAGGUCUUGACACUAAUUCGGAUUACUCUUUGAGUGCAGAAGAGUAUAUAGUUUUGAGAAACUUAGACAGAGUAUUUCAGCCUAUCAAACUCGCUGUGGAUGUCUUAUGCCGUCGAGAUUCUGACCUGGUUACUGCCGAAACGACUUUAAGAUUUAUGAUACGCAAACUUGAAGAACUGACGACAACAUUGGCAAGAAAACUAGCAGAGUAA